UGCCUGAUUGAAGGUUUAUUUCGGUCAAUUUACGUGUGUUUUUCCCGUUUGAAUAACGUUGUGUGUCUACGAUCAAGAAGUAGAAAGAUCACAAGAAAGCCAUCAUGUCUUUGGCGGGAUUUAAGAAGCAAAUAAACAAGGCGAAUCAGUUUAUGAGUGAGAAGAUCGGCGGUGCCAAAGGAUCGAGACUAGACGAAGACUUUAUGGAAUUAGAGCGAAAAACUGAUGUUACUGCAAAUCUUGUGGAACAUGUUAGUGGCAAAACAAAGGAAUACCUUCAGCCUAACCCAGCUGCCAGGGCCAAGCUAACAAUGCAGUCCACUGUCCACAAAGUACGUGGUGAGGCUAAAGUGUCAAGGUACCCUCAACCAGAAGGACAGCUAGGAGAGACUAUGCAGAAAGGAGGCCAUGAUCUUGGAGAUGAGUCACUUUUUGGCCAAGCACUCAAGGACACUGGUGAGGCAUUUUCAAAUCUUGCUGAAAUUAAAGAAGCACUUGACAGCAAUGUCAAACAGAAUUUCCUGGACCCUCUUGAUCAGCUCAGGAACAGGGAUAUCAAAGAAAUCAUGCAUCACAGAAAAAAACUGCAGGGAAGACGGCUUGACUUUGACUGCAAGAAGAGAAAGGGACACAAAGUCCCAGAAGAGGAAAUCAGAGCUGCAGAGGAGAAAUUUGAAGAAUCCAAAGAGAUCUGUUACAAUAGCAUGUUAAACCUUAUUGAGACUGCAGAUGUGGAACAAGUUAGCCAGCUUGCAGCUCUUGCAGAAGCAAUUUUUGACUACCACAAACACUGCUGUGAUGUCAUGGAGAGUCUUGUUUCCACUUUAAAUGACAAGGUCUCAGAAGCCUCUAGUCGUCCACGAACUGAGCGUCGAUCUGUAAAGAACCAUCAUGAUGAGAAUGAUAGUGAUGAAGAAGAAUCCAGGUCUUCGUACAGCUUUUCUCCUACACCUGAACCUGUCCCAUCAGCACCACCACAAGAAUCCAAUGAGUCAGACUCCUAUUACUCAGGGCCCUUUAAAGCAAUGUAUGACUUUGAGUCAGAAAAUGAUCAAGAACUUGAUUUCAGUGAAGGAGAUAUAAUUCAAGUGGAGGAGAAAAUAGAUGAAAACUGGCUCACUGGCACUUGCAAUGGCAAAACUGGAAUGUUCCCUACUAAUUAUGUAGAAAAAAUGUAAUUUGAAUGAAAAAAAUGAUAAUUAGGUUUUCAGUGGCAGUGGGUUAUGAAUGUGGAAGUUUUAAAAUGCAACAGAGCAGAGAUGUAGCUAAGAGCUGGUUAAUAGCAUACAUGUAGCUCACCAGCUGAAACAUGGCACAUAACCAGCUGAUCUAGCUGCUGCUCAGGGCAUUCUUAACUACAUCUCUGCUGACAGACUUUUGUUAUAUUCCAUUUGUUAUAUUCCAUUGUCUGAGGAUAAUUAUUGAAACAGGAAUUAAUUAUGCAUAACUGUACAGCCGCAUAAGACAAAUAUGGCACCUUCACGUGGAAUAAUGUGUUCAAUUAGAUUAUAAUAUAAAACCCUUUUAAAAAUGCUUAUGUUAACCUAUACAGUGACUGUGCCAGCAUGUGAAAGCUUAUUAAUACUAGAUGUAAAGCUUUAUCAAAGCACAUAUUAACAAGCUUACCAAUGAUCAGACUUGUUUCCAUGGUGACAGAAGAGAGCAUUAAAUGAUAGCCUUGUACAUUCAUUUUAGUUUGAAUUGCUGUA